AUGGCUCCGUGCUUCCAAGCCACCUCCAGUACCAUCAAUCGCACCGGCUCCGCCUCCUGUACCGCCUCCGGCGCCGGUUCCUCCACCAGCCCCAAUACCACCAACAUCGACACCGACACCAACACCACCACGGCCACCGCCGCCCGCGCUGUCAACACCAGUGCCCUCGGUACCACCAAAACCUGCGCCACGACCGGCGCCGAAACCUAA